CUUCCCCGGAUCCGGCGAGAUCCGCCUCCUCCACCUCUGUGUCGCGUCGUUCUGUAUGCAGUGCCACUGUUCUUCCGAGAUCUUCGCCGCAUCGUUCUUGCACGAUGCUCCCUUCCUCCUCCUUGCCCUCACCGGCCCCUUCAUCCCUCUUUCACGGCCCACUGGUUUUGCCACUGAUUUUCCUGCAGUGCUUCGUGAUGGUUGCCACUAGCAAGUGUUCCCCCCGUUUGUCCAUGGCAGCUCGUGUUACUGGAGCUGUAGAUGGAUUGGAUUGUUUUUUGGUUGCAACACUAUCUCUGCCAUGGUUAAUUUCGGGAAUAUUUUUAUUUUUUUAUUGUUUGCAGAUAUAUAAUUAUUUAAAAUACAUACAAUUGUUGAGUAGAUUUUAUUUCCAAACGUGUAGACAGUUAAAGCUUGACACUAUUAAUAAAUAGCAAUUCCUCGGUAUGACCAUCCAAACAUGAAUGGGAAUUGAUGUCUUCCUUGAAUUCCACGUAUCAAUUUAGUGGACAAACAAACAAUAGAAUUGAUAUUCUAGUCCAAUUCAGAUUCCUGGUUGAAUUGGUAUUCUAGACCAAUUCAAUUCUUUGGCCCCAAUAUCUACGUCCAAACGAAGCCCCAAAAUACAUUUACGUUUUUUUUUCUUGAGAGGCCCAAAAUGCAUUUACAGGCUGCAAGGAUUUUUUGGUUGAGAAACUAUAGCCCGUUCCGUCUAAUGAAUGGGCCACAUCUCACCUAUCCAGGCCCAUAAGCCAUGCGCCGCUUCCUUCCCUGCCUGUCCCCUUCCACAAUUCCUCCUGCUCCCUCAAACACGCCAUUCCAUUCCAAUCCGUCGCAAGGGAUCGUCGAACACUCCUCCUCCUCCUCCUCCUCCUCCUCGCCAAGAUGACAGAGACUCCAUUUUUGCCACGGGAGAGGCUUUUUAGAGAGCAACAGUAUUUCCAAAGUUUGAGCAAGUACACUCACCUGAAAGGGCGCCACGAUGUGAUCACCUCGGUUGGCAUCCCACUUGUGCUUGCUGCCUCCAGCUUGCUCAUGAUUGGUCGUGGUAUCUACAACAUGUCUCACGGGAUCGGGAAAAAGGAGUGAACUUCAGAAGGUUUGCUAUUAUUAUUCAGUACUUUGACAUGGGAGUGAUGCUUUGAAGGUUAUGAGUAUGUGACGUCUUUUCUAGUUGCAAAAAUAAUGCAGUCAAAGUUGCAUCCGGAUACAUUUCUAGUUCUCACUUUUGUUUCUUAUUGGAUACUUGAUGCCAGCAAAAUUGUUGCUGAAUUGGCAGUGACAAAACGAUGUUCAAGACAUAACCAUUGCUGCUAGUAUUUCUUUUUAGCGCAUUGAUCUCUUUCUGUCUGUUGUAUUCAUAUAAGCUUUUUAGCCGAUAAUUUUGCCUGUAUUCUGUUGAUUGGUGGUAUGAAAUCCAGUUCAAGCA